UUGAAAUUGGACACUAUGUCCGGAGCCACCAGUGACCAGCUGCACAGAUCAACUUUAACCGUCUAUUCGAACCUGAUGGAGCACUUCAAUCCUGGCCUCCAGAAGCUUGUUGCUUUAGGAAACAGCUACGUCAAUGCUUUCCAAGCCUUAGCUGUUUGCAGUGAGGCCUACUUCAGCGCUGUGGCUAAAAUGGGUGACCAGGCCCUUCACACACUUUCCUCUCGUUCUCUUGGGGAUGUCCUGAUCCAGUUAUCGGAAACACAGAGGAGACUCACCGCAGAGAUGGAGGGAGUGUUUCGAUGGUUCCAGGUAGAGGUAUUGCAAGCCAUGGAGAAGAAUGUCAAGUUGGAUGAGGAGUACAUUGAUGGUAGUCGCAGAGUCUAUGAGCUGGAGGUGAGGAACCAGGCAGAGGCUUUGGAGAAACAGCUCAGACGAGGAGCCUACAGAGACUCUCUGGAGAACAGUGAGUACAUGCUGUACCUGAGGCAGAGCCAGCAGGAGAUCCAGAAGGAGGAGGAGAGGAGGUAUCGCUUCUUGGCAGAGAAACACUGUGGCCUCACUCAGUCACUGCUCUUUCUUAUAAACAAGACUGGUGCGUCUCUCCAGCAGAAGGCAGAUGGAUGGAAGGAGAAAGUUAACGACACCAGAGGGUCCAGACCUCGAACUCCCUCUCAUUUGGAUCAAGAUGCACAGCUGCGAGGUUCAGUGAGCUCUCUGCUGCAGACAGUAGCCAGAGAUGAAGAUAUGUCCUGGGCCAGGAGGGAGCAGCAGGCACUGGGCAGAGUGCCCUCUAGAGCGCCGUCUCCCCUCCCCAGCCGCUCUCGCUCCAGCUCAGUGGGGGAAUCUCUGGGUCUGGGUGGAGGCAGAUCCAUGAGAGCCCUGGUUUCUCACCCCUCCUCAUCCAACCCAAAGCUUCUACCAUUCAACAGGGGAGAGGCUGUCACCGUGCUGGUUCAGGAGCCACGCAACGGCUGGCUGUAUGGACGCACUGACAGCAGCCUGCGUCAGGGCUGGUUCCCUGCUGCUUAUGUGGCCCCUGUCGAGGAUUUCUCCAACACUUUAGCAACAAGUGGUUCUCUAAGAAGCCACAGUAUGAACAAUCUGCUGGACCCCACUGACACCUACACUGACCAACCAGAGAGCAAGAGCUAUGGAGAUGUCCCGCCACCAGCCACGCCCAACCGCAGAGCCUCUGUAGACGGCCAGCCAAUCUCUCCUCUCCCUGAGAAGAAACUGGAGUCAAGCCAGACAAGGAACUACAGCGAACAGCCACCUCCACCUCCUCCCCCACCGCCGCCACCUCCCCUGAGUCAGAAUCUUAGAAGGGGCUCUGCGGAUUUUCGACCAAUCUCUCCCCUCCCUGACAGGAAGUGUGAAUCAGCAUCUGAUGUCCAGGUACCAGAGAGAGUUACAUUCUGAAAUAGAUUAACUCUCAAAGGAUGGCAACCUGAAAACCCACUGUUUCCCAGAGGCACAAACCCAUUCGCCACUGUAAAGCUUCGCCCCACGAAGACCAAUGACCGAUCUUCUCCUCAGAUCCACUGAUCCAUCAUCGCUCAUGCAGGCAGGGUUUGUAACCGAGGCUGCCAGAUCAGGUUGUGGAGGCAGGGUAUAUAUUUUUGUUUCAGGACUAUGCAAUGACAUCUCUGAAAUGUGAAGGCUUUGAGCUACAGGAGCAGAGGAAGGUUUGUUACAGUGUUGAGGUUUUUCUUUUACCAAAAGAAAAGGUGAUACUGUAAUACAUCUAAGUAGUUUAAUAUCACAAACAUACACUUUUGAAGUAGUUGUUUUAGCAACUCCUUGUACAGUAUUUGGAUGUUUAUAUAGAUGGUCUGUUUGCCUGUUAUAGUAAAAAUAUAAGUGUAAGUAAUUAGACAUUUUUGGAAAUAUGCUGACUCGCUUUCUACCUACCAUUACCAUUCUUAUAUCUGUCCGCUAAAUACGAAGCUACAGCCAGC